AUGUCCGGUCCCAACCUCCAUAAUGCGCUCCUCCGUCCGCCCAUCAUCCAGAUCCUCCGUGCCCAGGGCUUCCAUUCAACGCGACCCUCCGUCCUGGAGACACUGUCUGAUCUGACAGCACGAUACAUGAUGAUUCUCGCUUCGUCAACCGCUUCACAUGCAGCCAACGCCCACCCACAAGACCCAUCCCCAGUCCUCGAAGACAUCUACCAAGCCUUGCAAGAUGCGGGCGCACUACGACCGCAACUGCGCGAGUGGGAAGAAAGCUGGGCCGGCGAGGAAGACAUGCGCGGGCUAGAAUCGCUCUUGAACUGGAUCACGGGCCCAACGCACCGCGAGAUUCGACGCAUCGCGGGUUUCGUCCCUAGUGAAGGCGACAUGGUCGACCCGGACGCGAUCGCGAAGGAGGACUUUUUGACGGCGCUGAAGAAGAAGCACAGCAAAACUGGUGAAGAGUCUCGGUAUGCGGGGACUGUGCUGGGCAAGAGUGCUGAGGAGCAUCCUGUUAUCAUCGAGGGUGGUGCGCCCAGUAUUCGGGAGUGGAGCGCACAGAUGAAGGCACGCAGCCCAAAUUUGAUGGACAAUUACUCUUCGGGUAUCAGCAGUGCUCCCAGCAAUCUAUCAGAUGAGGAUGGCUUGGAUGUGUGA